UUCUAUGCCAAUGUCUGGACGGCGUGGCGCGGUCGCUGCACCUGUCGGGAGAGCUGUCCGAAGCAUCGCGUGCCGUUGAGACGGAGGGCCACGGCGUCCGAGAUGGAUCUUUUGCUUGUGUAGGGUGGGUUGCUCGUCACCUCGUCCCCUGCGGCUCCGAUGCCUGCCUACGAUGCUGAGCUCUUCAUACAUACACUCUCACCCCCUUGCUUGCUUCCAUGCUUUCUUGCUUGCAGCCAGUCUAAUACCAUUCGGAGUCAGCACCCUGCGCUUGCCUUGCAUCUCAUCUCAUCUCACUGUGACAUGCGUCUCUGUCUCUACACAACGCUGCCCGGUUUCAUACCCAGCUUCAAGCCCAGCCCACACGCAUCCACGCCUAUAACCUCGUUCGUCUCAUUCGCAUUUUGCCCCUCCUUCCCCUUCUCCCCUCUCCCUGUCUUCAAGCUCCGCAAUUCCUGCCAUAAGGCCGUCCGUCUGUUUGCGCGCGUGCAUGCGUGCAUGCGUGCGUGCGUGCAUGUAGCUGACCACGUCGGCGAGGCCUGUUUGGCGGGCCAGGCCAGGCCCGACGCAGUCCAUGCCCACCGCUUCGUCACCGCAAAUGUACCUAGGUAGGUAGCACAAGCCAAGGUCGCCGGCGCGCAGUGCGGCCUCGCCUGCUUGCUUCGCUUGCGGCUUCUUUUGCGUGGUUGAAUACUCCAAGCUC